AUGAUCUCCGACGAUGACCUCUACCGCCUCGCCAUCUUCCUUGGCUCAUGCGCUAUGAUGAUGAUUGUCCUAUACCACUUCCUUGAUGUCAAUUCUAGCGACGAGGAGCCAGAAUCUACCAAAUCGGCAACCCAGAUCAAAGCUAAGAGCGCUACAACGCCGGUACCCACAGAUAGCACUGGUGUGUUGGCUUCAGGGAAGGGGAAAUAA